AUGAAACAAAUGGAUCAUACACAGAUAUUCACAUGUCAAAAGAAAACGUCGGAUCCGCAGAAACUGACCCUAAGUCAAAUGUUUGACAUGGCUGGUAGUGGUUACGAUGGGCCUCAUAUACAGUGUGUUGAUGAUAACAAUGAUGCUUUAAUUUUCCGUGACGGUAACCUUGUUUGUGGAACGCUUGAAGCUCUGAUUCAACACCUCAUUCCAACCAGAGAUUAUUAUCCUGACGAAUCUCUUGGACGUUUUGGUCAUCACCUAUUGCGACUGCUCAACCACUGGACUGAUCUCUUUCCUUACGAUUUCCUUGAUGAACUGAUGAUGAAGACUUUGAAGGAUAUUUCUCACAGAAUUGUCAACAUUUUCCCAGAUUUACGAAAAGAUGUUACGAAUAUGAUGCACAAUUUGCUUAAUAGACUUUCAUGCCUCCAGGUAUUCGAAGACUACAUUUCUAAAGUCAACACAGAAUCGCUGCAAAAAUCACAAAACCAAAUUAUUCCUACAACAGACAUUAUUGAAAUUUGUCCUAAUCCCUUGAUUCUGGCUCAGCAGUUGACUAACAUUGAAAUAGAUCGGUUUUCACAUAUUGGAGUUGAAGAAUUUAUUUGUACAUGUUCUGAAGACCGAGAUAACAAUGGUAAUUGUAACAGUAAUAAAAUGGUAUCAAAUUUGGAAAGUUAUGUUCAGUGGUUCAAUCGGCUCAGUUAUUUGGUAGCGACAGAAAUUUGUUCACAUUUAAAAAAGAAGAACCGUGUUCGGAUGAUAGAAUAUUUCAUAGAUGUGGCAAAAGAAUGCAUUAACAUUGGAAAUUUCAACUCUCUUAUGGCUAUCAUUGCUGGAAUGAAUAUGUGUCCAGUUGCAAGAUUACGAAAAACUUGGGCAAAAGUGAACAAAGCCAAAUUUUCUAUAUUAGAGCAUCAAAUGGAUCCUUCGAACAAUUUCAGCAGUUAUCGUUCAUGUUUAAAAGCUGCAAUAUGGCGGUCGGAAGGAGCUGUUGAUGACCGAGAAAGGGUUAUAAUACCAUUCUUAAGUCUCUUUGUGAAAGAUGUUUAUUUUUUAAAUGAGGGAUUUACAAAUCGCUUACCCAAUGGUAACAUCAAUUUUGAGAAAUUCUGGUUGAUGGCCAAGCAACUUGCAGAAUUUGUUUCCUGGCAACAAGUUGAGUGUCCCUAUGAGAAGAACAGUAACAUCCUCAGUUACAUUUUAACCACACCUGUCUACUCAGAAACUCCUCUUCUGCUAGCAUCAUUUGAAUGUGAAGCACCAGAGACAAGUUAUGACAAAGAGAGACACAAACAACUUGCUGAUAAAGGCAGACAUAAGCAGAUCAGAAUGCAAACUGGAUCCUGA